CAGCUACCAAGUUUGACGUUCAGUUUGGCCUUCUGCAUUUUCUGUCAAACGCCGCAACAGUCCUUCGAAAACUGUUUUAUAGGGACGCGUAGUUCUCUUCCACUUUGCGUGUGUAACUUCAUUGAUGGAUGACAGAAUGAUGCCGCAUAAAGUUCCAAUUAAAUUAUGCCGCUUAUGUGGCAAAGAAAAACAUCUAGGAACCGAGGUAUUUAAAGACAAGGUUAAGGGAGCUGUUUUAAUAUCGAUAAUCAACAAAUAUUUGUCAAAAGAGGUGAUUAAUAUAUUAGCCUCAGACGAGUUUUCCAAAUUUGUUUGCAUUGAUUGCGAACAGAAAAUUUAUGUAUUUGAUGAGUUCUGUCUAACAGUUGCUAAUGUUCAGAAGCAACUCACUGCUCCUACUUUAGAAAUUCACUUCGCUGAGGACAUGCUUUGUCACUUGAAAGAAAACAACAUUAUGCCUAAAACAUCGGCUCCAUGUUUGAAAAAACGGAAAUCUGUGUGCGAUAUUUGCGCUAAGAGCUUCAGAUGUCAAGCCCAUUUAAACAGACACAAACGUAUUCACACAGGGGCUCGACCCUUUAUUUGCGAUGUCAGUAUUAAUUCACCUGUAAAAUGUAUUUUCUCAAGAGUAGAAAACAGAUUUACCUCAUCUGUAUGGAUAGUAAUUUAUUCUUUUUUGCAGAUUUGCAACAUGUCUUUUAAUCAGCUAGAGAUUUUGACAAAGCACAAAGAAAGGCAUGAGGGGCGUAAGCAGUUUCAGUGUGCAAAUUGUCACCAGUCGUUUCGCUAUAAAAUAUCACUCAAAUCGCAUCUUGUUACAUUUCAUACGGACACAGAUUCUUCAUCAUUCUUAGAUCAUCAGUGUAUAUCCGCACUGAAUCCGUCUCUAACAUGUUCAGAAUGUGGAAAAAUGUUUGCUACCAAGUACAAAUUGCAACGUCACAGCAGGUGCCAUUCGGGAGAAAGACCCUAUCGAUGUCCAUAUUGCGAUCGCACAUUCUCACAGACAGGGAAUCUCAAAACACACCAACUCAAGUGCCAUCACGUUACAUGUAUUAUAUCGGAGACUUCGAAUUGUCGGCAGCACUUGAGUAAUGACGGGCAUCUGGAGGGCUCUAAUACUUCCCUGGAUAAUUUCCAAUCUGUGUACAUCACAGAAAGUGAAAUACAGAAAACUAUUAAUGAAACAAUCAAUUCAACAACUCAGGGUAACUCGUUCCUAAGUAAAUCCUAUGAGAGUCCAAUCUAUAUGGAUGAGGAAAUUGAAACUAUGUUGGAUCAAGAUUUGCAACAGUUGGAUGGUAGCAAGUAUCCAUCUGCUGUGCAAGAAAAAGUUUCCAUGUGUUUAAAACAACCAGAAACGCCGGAAUUAUUACACAGUCUAUUGUACGACGAGUAACUGAUUACACAAAUGAAUUGAGACAAUAGUUAUGCCUGAUAAUAAGUAUUACAACAACAAAAAAACAGCACUGAGAUAUUUCCCAUCUUUUACCUAUCUGAAGAUCUUAAAAACAAUUCAACAAAAUUGUUUUUGAAUUGACAUGAAAUAAUUUUUAUUUUUACAAUUACAUCUUUCUUAAUCUCACUGCUGUAACUGCAUUACAUGCUGUUAAUACAUAAGAGAAUGAUGCGACAUUAUAUUAUAGUAUAAUUUAUGACUGAAAAAAUUGAAAAAAAAAUAAAAUCAAAUGAUAAUUGCUGCAUGAUAUGAGUGUUCUCUACUUGAAAAACGCUAUAAAUCGGUUAUAUUCUUCAUUGACGAAAUAUAGGCUCCAACUAUUCCUUGUACUUUA